CGCGCGCUGGCGGCGGGCGGGCCGCGGUGCCGCCGCUGAGCGCAGCCGCUGCCGCCGCUCGGGGCCCGCGGGGCGCUCGGGGCCCGGCCCGGUACUUUCGGAUCCCUGUCUAAUUGAUCCAUGUUUCUGAACUCUUCCUGGUAAUCUUCACAAGCAGCCAAAAUGAAGCUGAAGCAUGACAUCAACCCUGUUCUUCUACAGUUUAUAAACUUUAUAAUCUUGGUGUACUCCAUUGUCACAUACAUUCCAUGGUACAUAUUUUCAGGAUCAAGGCAGGCUGUAGAAAAAGCCAAGCAGGUUAAAGCUAAACCUGUGAAUAACAAGCCUGGGAGCGCGUACAGAUCUGUUAACAGUCUGCAUUGCUUGGCUUCAGUUUUAUAUCCUGGGUGUGAUACACUCGAUAAAGUUUUUAAAUAUGCUAAAACUAAAUUUAAGGACAAAAAACUCUUGGGAACACGUGAAAUUCUGAAAGAGGAAGAUGAAAUCCAGCCAUCAGGAAAAGUUUUUAAAAAGGUCAUCCUUGGCAAGUACACCUGGCUUUCCUAUGAAGAGGUAUAUAUUAAAGCUGUUAAUUUUGGAAAUGGCUUAGCAGUACUGGGUCAACAACCAAAGACUAACAUUGCCAUCUUCUGUGAGACAAGAGCGGAGUGGAUGAUUGCAGCCCAGGCCUGCUUUAUGUGCAACUACCAGCUUGUUACUCUCUAUGCUACUCUGGGAGGCCCAGCCAUAGUACAUGGGCUGAAUGAAACAGAGGUGACCACCAUCAUUACUAGUAAAGAAUUGAUGCAAACAAAAUUGAAGGAAAUUAUUUCUCAAGUUCCACUGCUAAGACAUAUUAUUACAGUGGAUGGGAAACCAACAACGUGGUCGGAGUUUCCCAAGGGUGUCAUUGUUCACACUAUGGCUUCUGUGCAAGCUAUGGGGGCCAAGGCAGAAAUUGGAAACAAACAGCAGGCCAGGCCUGUGCCCUCGGAUAUUGCAGUGAUCAUGUACACAAGUGGAUCCACAGGGGUUCCCAAAGGAGUUAUGAUCUCCCAUUGCAAUAUAAUCGCUGGGAUAACUGGAAUGGCUGAGAGGAUUCCAGAUCUGGGGGAAAAAGACAUCUAUAUUGGCUAUUUGCCUCUUGCCCAUGUUCUGGAGCUGAGUGCUGAACUCGUGUGUCUGUCCCAUGGAUGCCGCAUUGGUUACUCCUCGCCUCAGACACUGGCUGACCAGUCCUCUAAAAUAAAGAAAGGAAGCAAAGGUGAUGUUACUACACUGAAGCCAACCCUAAUGGCAGCUGUCCCGGAAAUCAUGGAUCGGAUCUACAAAAAUGUCAUGAAUAAAGUGAAUGAAAUGACUACUUUCCAGCGUAACCUAUUUAUAUUGGCCUACAACUACAAAAUGGAACAGAUUUCCAAAGGUUACACAACCCCUCUCUGUGAUAGCCUUAUUUUCCGAAAAGUCCGAAUGUUGCUGGGUGGAAAAAUCCGCGUCCUGCUUUGCGGUGGAGCUCCCCUCUCUGCAGCAACACAGAGGUUUAUGAACAUCUGUUUCUGUUGCCCUGUGGGACAGGGCUAUGGACUCACUGAAUCAGCUGGAGCAGGAACAAUCACAGAAGUUUGGGACUACACUACAGGGCGAGUGGGAGCACCUUUGGUCUGUUGUGAAAUUAAGUUGAUGAACUGGGAAGAAGGUGGAUAUUACAACACUGAUAAACCAUAUCCUAGAGGUGAGAUUCUUAUUGGAGGGCAAAAUGUGACUGUGGGCUACUACAAAAACGAAGUGCGAACCAAAAAAGAUUUCACUGUUGAUGAGAAUGGGCAAAGGUGGCUCCAUACUGGAGACAUUGGAGAGUUUCAGCAAGAUGGAUGCCUAAAAAUUAUUGAUCGUAAAAAAGAUCUUGUUAAACUCCAGGCAGGAGAAUAUGUUUCUCUUGGCAAAGUAGAAGCAGCUCUAAAGAAUCUUCCACUGGUAGACAAUAUUUGUGCGUAUGCAAGCAGUUUCCAUUCUUAUGUCAUUGGAUUUGUUGUGCCAAAUCAAAAGGAGCUUGCAGAACUAGCUCGGAAGAAAGGAUUUAAAGGAACCUGGGAAGAGAUCUGUAACAGUCCUGAAAUGGAGAAAGAGGUACUGAAGGUUCUAGCUGAGGCUGCUGUGGCAGCUAAUCUGGAGAAGUUUGAAAUACCAGUAAAAAUUCGAUUGAGCCCUGAUCCUUGGACACCUGAGACUGGUCUAGUGACAGAUGCUUUCAAGCUAAAACGCAAAGAGCUUACAGCAUAUUACCAGACAGACAUUGACCGAAUGUAUGGAAAAAAUGUCAAAUAAUUCUUUUCUGCACCACUUUGCUACAAUGAGCUUGGAUCAAAUAGGAAAUACUUGAAUUGCCUGUCUCAACACUUGAGAUCAACACACAAAACCACCAUUCCUCAUUUGCAGCUUAAACUGUUACUUCUGAUAACUUCACCAUGAUGACUGGCAAGUUUAGUAAAAUGUUACGGCAGCAAACUUGUGUCUGUCUCCUUUUUUUCCAGUUUUCUCUGCUACCUGUGGAUUUUCCCAAGUCUUUUUUGGGAAACCAUGAUUCUGAAGCCUCAAGUUUUUAAACAUUUAUAAAUCCUGUAUAAUGUUUUGUUUGUAUCUUUAAAAUUUGGAUGUAUAUAGAGAGAACUUGGGUAUAUAAGAAAUGGUUAUACUGGGGGCCUUUUUUUACCUAAUUAUUUAACGAUAAGAAGGUAUCGAUGUUGUGACGUUAUGUACAUUGAAAAUGCUUGUAACAAGAUCAUUGUUGAACAGAGAAUCAGGUUAUUUGCUGCUGUGCUAUUUUCCUGUAUAAAUGUGAGGGAGAACAUGGACAUUCCAGCUUGUGUAAUACACCUUCAAUAUGUGCCUAAUGGUUACUUUUAUUUUUAUCUGAAAAUGAAAAAGACGGUCAUGGCACAGCUCAACAAAAGGCAGGUACUCUUGCAGUUGUUAGUUAAAGCUUGUUUAAUACAAAAAAAUGCUAUUAACACAGCAGAAGUUAAACCUAAGAAUAAUAUCUCAAAUACAGAAACUCCUUUUUGAAAUAGCUCAUGACCAUUUCAUCCAGUAGUUGAAUUGUGUAGAGCUAAUAAGAAGUCUCAGCAUUAAUUUCACUUAACGCUUUGUUAGACUAUGUCCUUUUAGCAGAGGGACUGUAACAACUUUUGUCUUUUCUCAUUACGUUUGGACAUUGGGUUUGCUCUUUGGUUGCUUGUGAAAGUCUGGCAAGACCCCUCUUCUGCCCUAGCUGCAACCCAAAUCUUACUGGGGGAUUUUUAAAGUCAUAAUGACAGUUACGUUCUCAGCUCACACAGUGCCUAGCUGCCUUUUGUGCCAUUAAAAAUCUCCCUUUAAUUUUUUGUUCUUUUGUUUAGCAUUUUUUUGCUUUAAAAACAGGUCUUUGUCAGCCAGAGUUAUUCAUGUUGCUUGGUUUGUUACAUCCAGUUCUUGCUUUGGGAAGGAGUCUCAGUUUCUGUUUUAUUAUAGAUAUAUCAAUAUUGUUUGGAGAACUCUGGGGGAUCUUUUCUUCUUCACUGAGUGUUUAAAUCUGUUUCAGAUGUGAAUUUUAUUUCCAAAAUAUUUCUAGAAGGAAUAUUUUAAUCAGGGUUACAUGAGAAUGUGAAAAGGCAUAUAUCAGUCAACUUUGUGAUGGAGCAAAUAUUAAAAUGGCUUUAAUUUGGAGAUGAUUCUCUCAUGUAUCAUUUACUUGUAGUACUAAAAAUCAAGGUCUUGAUCCCCAUUUCGUAUUCUACUGUGGUACCACACAGCAGUUCUGAAUGGCAGCAGCUUUGGGGGAGGGAGUUCCUGUUGUUGGCAUUUGUGACAUGGAAGUUUUGGGAGAUGUUUGAGAUACAAAUUCUGAAAUAGAAAUUAACACUUUUCAUUGAUUAUAGAAAGCAGUUCAUAGGAGUCGAAAAUUGUCAAGUAGGUUCCCUUUGCUUUAGUUUUAAUGAAACUAUGAGAAGGUUUGAGCUGUAUUUUGUGUUACAUUAUCUCUCCCACUCUUCAUGGAUUUUCCCUGCUGCUGUCUCUGAAAAACUGUUACUAUUUGGUGAAUUUGGCUGUUACUGGUGUAUUUUGGUAAUGUAAGUAACAAGAAAUGGGAACUGCAUUUAUGAGAUCAGAUAUCUAGGUCAUCAAUUAAAACCUUCUGGCAAAUAGAGGUGAGACUAAUGUUGGAAAAUAUCUGAAGAAAACUAAUGUGGAAAUUGCCAAGUCUGUAGGGAGCUGUCACACCAUGUGUUAGACAAUACUAAUGCUUAAAUAUGUAUCUGUGCUUCAUCAACAGGUUCUUAAUAGUUAAAACUCAGCACUCAGUGUACAUUGUUCAUAAUUUUUGUGAUUUUUAGUGUAAAUUAAAAAAUUGCUGAAGUACUACGUAUAUCACUUGGUGCUUUGUGCAGCAGAUUUAAGAAAAUAAAUCUGCUAUUGGUUAAUUCAGAAGAAAUCUGAAGUUAGUAUUGUCCUAAGGAUUUAAAUCCACUUUUGGAUAAAUUGCAUAAAUGAAACAUCUGAAAUGGCUUGGAAAUAGUAGUUUUAAUUUUUCUUCUAAUCCAGUCAUAAGAUUGGCUUGCAGUCUACAUGUGCAUUUGAUUUGACAGUCCAGUUUUUUAUAUUUGAAAUGGAUGUCCAUAGAGAUAUUUCCUCCUUCUUUAGACAUCAGGUUCAUUGUGGACAUUUAUUCUAUCAAAUGUUGAAAAUAAAGCAGUUCAUUAAUUUUAUCCUCAGUGCUGAAUAUACAAGGUUUGUGAUGGGUGCGUUUUCUUAUAACAAGAGACAGACUUCUAAUACUGCUAGAUUCUUCCUCCAUCUUCCUAGUGUCUUCCUCCAUGUCCCAUUGAGGUCACCGGUCCUGUGGGUGCUCGUGUUUCUCAGCAUUAAUUAACCAGGGCUGGUGGGGCUCUUAAGUCACAGUUGCUGUUCAUAUUUGGGGCUUCCUUGCUCCAGCAGCCCCAGUCCUGCAGACUGCUCUGCCUGUCAGAUACUUCCAUCUGCCACCAUAGUCACCCUCUGCUCCUGCACUGCUGAGCAGAAUGACAACUUCUGAGGACUUUGUUGAAACCCUGCAUAGAUGCACUACAAGUCAGCCAGGAAUUUACCUGGUCUCUCUUUUUUUUGUUUGUUUUUUUUUGUUCCCUCCUGUGUCUUCCCAUGCUCAGUGUAACAACAAAAGUACCUGCUGGAAGGUAUUGCACAUGUUGUUCCAAAGGCUGCUGACAGCUGUAAAGUAACAGGCUGGAAGUAACAGGCUCUGUCACGUGGGGAAUUUUGUAAUGGAAAGAGCUGUAACUUUUGAAGUCUUUCUGAGUUCAAACUAAGAACAAGAGGCAUAUACAUCACCUGAGGGGCCCCAGAAAGGGGGAGAUUUUUUUUAAAAAAGCUUUAGUAAAUGUAAACAUGCCAGGACUCUGAAUCAUUGGAAGUUGUAACGACAUACUCUGUUGUGAAAAUUUACACAUUCCAUUUAAAACAUGACUCGUCAAGAAAUGCUGUGAAUCUCCUUUAAAUUCCUACAACUGUUUUAACAUAUUUCAUAUUCUAGGCUAAACUCAAUCUUCAUGUCCUAAGUGUUCUUUGCAGAGAGUAGUGUUUCUGGGGUAGGUUAGGAAAUGAAAAAAAUAACGUGUCAGAGAAGACCUUGCAAGUUUAGUGAUGGUGCUGCUACUGCAGUUAAGCAGGACCGUACCUCAAUGGGAAGCUGUAUCUUGGCAGUAAAGUAUUUUGGUGAACUGAAAGUGAAAAACAAUGUGCAACUGAAAUGGAGAACAUAAUGCAUGCCUAUGUCCUACAGGGUUUAGAGAUAGGAUGCAGAGAAGGGUAUGGAAAUGAAAUGAUGUGUUAAAAACAUCCUGUAAAGCUUGUCAGUUUAUGCAGAGAUUGCUGUAGGAUGUGACUCCUUUGCAAUAUCCUUCAUCCUGCUAAAAUUUGCAAGCUUAUAUUCUGUACUAAAACUACAUUUAGGUGAUGCAAUGCAGUGUUUUUAAUUUUCAUUAAUGUGAUGCAUUAACUACUUUGCACUCAUUGUGUACAUCUGUUUCUUUACUGGUGAGAGGAACAAUCUUCAACUUACCUACACCUUGGACCAGGCUGAAAUGUUAAUUGAAUGACCAGUUGUGUAUUGUAAUUGGUUAUUUAAUGUAAACUCAUUUUCAAUGUGGUCUUGGUUGUUACUAUGAACUGCCUGAACAUUGUAUAUCCUCAUUGAGUUACAUUGUAUGAGUUAUUUAUUUGUAAUUGGAUAUCAUGUUUCAAAAAUAAAAUUAAUUUCACAAA